ACCGAGAAUGUCUACCAUAGUGCUGUGUACGUAAAUUGUUUUCCUUUUCUCUAAAAAAAGUUAGCACCUAGGUGGAAAUCGUUGUUUUGUGGUCGUUUGAUUCGGUUUUCCCGAUGUAUUCUUUGAACAAUCGGUCCAGAUUGAGCUAAACAUGGAAAAACAGAAUCAACGAUGGACGGUGCAGAGAAUGCUAGGGAUAGCGACCCUUGUGCUGCUGGUCGGGCAAUGUUCCGCAUUCUACGUGCCCGGUGUGGCUCCGGUGGAGUUCAAGAAGGGACAGAAGAUUGAUGUAAAAGCCGUCAAAAUGACCAGCACCCACACGCAGCUUCCGUACGAGUAUUACUCGUUGCAGCUGUGCCUGCCAAAGAACGGAACGGUUGUGUACAAAAGCGAAAAUCUCGGCGAAGUGUUACGCGGCGAUCGUAUCGUCAAUACGCCGUACGAAGUGCGAAUGGCAGAAAACAUCCAAUGCAAGCUGCUGUGCAAUUCGAAGGAUCGGCCAAUGAAUUGGGACCACGAACAGUCAGCCAAGGUGGCAGAACGUAUACGGCACGAAUAUUUUGUCCAUCUGAUCAUUGACAAUCUUCCAGUAGCAACCAAGUUUGUCAACCCAGACACGAUGGAACUGCAGUUCGAGCACGGGUAUCGUUUAGGCCAAACAAAUGGUCCAAAUGUAUUCAUUAACAACCAUUUACGAUUCCGGCUGUUUUACCAUCUGCACAGCGAAAAUCAGUAUCGCGUCGUUGGAUUUGAAGUAGAAACGCUUUCGAUCAACAAAAACUCCUUAAGCUUCGACGGUGACACUUGCAUUUUCCCAGACAAUCCCAAACCACAAGCGGUUACACCAAACGGCAGGACGGAGCUAUUCUUCACCUACUCGGUGGUUUGGCAAGAAUCGUCCGUGAAGUGGGCUUCCCGGUGGGAUAUUUAUCUGGGAAUGAACGAUGUUCAGAUCCAUUGGUUCAGCAUCAUCAACUCACUUGUCGUGGUAUUCUUCCUAUCGGGUAUACUUACUAUGAUCAUGGUCCGCACACUUCGUAGAGACAUUGCCAAGUACAACACAGAUGAUAGUAUCAGCAUCGAGGACACAUUAGAGGAAACUGGUUGGAAGCUGGUGCAUGGAGACGUGUUCCGUCCUCCGCGACAUCCAAGACUUUUCGCCGCUAUCAUUGGUAGCGGUAUACAAAUCUUCUUUAUGGCACUCAUCACCAUCAUUAUCGCUAUGCUCGGGAUGCUGUCUCCCUCAUCCCGUGGUGCACUAAUGACCGCCGGCAUCAUGUUGUACGUGUUUAUGGGCCUGAUCGCUGGCUACUUUUCGGCCCGCCUGUACAAAACGAUGAAAGGUCGCAACUGGGAACGUGCCGCCUUUCUUACGGCUACCUUUUAUCCGGGUCUUGUAUUCGGCACGUGUUUCUUCUUGAACUUCUUCAUCUGGGACAAGGACUCAAGUGGUGCCGUGCCAUUUGGAACAAUGGUAGCACUGCUGCUGCUGUGGUUUGGCAUAUCAUUACCGUUAGUAUUUUUGGGAUACUACUUCGGUUACCGAAAGCAAGCCUUUCAACAUCCGGUGCGCACGAAUAUGAUUCCCCGCCAGAUACCGCAUCAGCACUGGUACAUGAACGUUGGGCUAUGCAUUCUUAUGGCUGGCAUUCUCCCGUUCGGAGCCGUUUUCAUCGAACUGUUUUUCAUAUUUUCGGCAAUCUGGCAAAAUCAGUUCUACUACCUUUUUGGAUUCUUGUUCCUAGUAUUUUGCAUACUAGUCGUAAGCUGUUCCCAGAUUUCGAUCGUGAUGACGUACUUCCAGCUAUGUGCUGAGGAUUAUCGGUGGUGGUGGAGAAGCUUCAUCGUUUCUGGAGGAUCUGCCGUGUAUAUAUUGUUCUAUAGCAUAUUUUAUUUCUUCACGAAACUCGAUAUAACGGAAUUCAUACCGACGUUGCUCUAUCUAGGAUAUACUGGUCUCAUGGUUGUAACGUUCUACAUUCUCACUGGCACGAUAGGAUUUUUCGCUGCGUACAGUUUUAUCAGAAAGAUCUACGGAGCUGUAAAAAUUGAUUAAAAGUUCAAUUCAA